AGUUUGGACGUUCUGACGUUUCAAUUUCAUAGAUAAUAUGGGAAGGCGUUGUAGAAGAAAGCUCGGUGACCAAUUCUGAAAUAGUGUUUAAUGACGGCUGAUGAAGUAUUAAAGCCGGAACUUAUUUAGUACUUGGAUUAUAAUCCUUAAGAUUCCAUUUACUAAUCUUGCUGUGUUUAGUUAAAAAGGCGUAAAACUGGUGUUCGACAAGUCUCUUGGCAAUAUGCCUGCCGUCAGAGGAGAUGGAAUGCGAGGACUCGCAGUUUUUAUAUCAGAUAUACGGAAUUGUAAGAGUAAAGAAGCAGAAAUAAAAAGAAUUAAUAAAGAACUGGCUAACAUACGUAGUAAAUUUAAAGGUGACAAAACCUUAGAUGGAUAUCAGAAGAAGAAGUAUGUCUGCAAACUCCUGUUUAUCUUUCUGUUGGGUCAUGAUAUUGAUUUCGGUCAUAUGGAAGCAGUGAACUUACUGUCCUCUAAUAAAUACUCAGAGAAGCAAAUUGGAUAUCUUUUUAUAUCAGUUUUGGUAAAUACUAAUAGUGAUCUCAUAAAACUUAUCAUACAGAGCAUUAAAAAUGACUUGCAGUCUCGAAACCCUAUUCACGUAAAUCUUGCACUACAAUGUAUAGCUAAUAUUGGUAGUAAGGAUAUGGCUGAGGCUUUUGGAACUGAGAUUCCAAAAUUACUAGUCUCUGGUGACACCAUGGAUGUAGUCAAGCAAUCAGCAGCACUAUGUCUUCUCAGAUUGUUUCGUAAGUGUCCAGAAAUUAUUCCAGGAGGAGAAUGGACUUCAAGAAUCAUACAUUUGCUGAAUGACCCACAUAUGGGGGUAGUCACUGCUGCCACAUCUCUUAUAGAUGCACUUGUUAAGAAAAAUCCAGAAGAAUAUAAAGGAUGUGUCACACUGGCUGUGGCCCGCCUUAGUAGGAUUGUUACUGCAAGUUACACUGAUUUACAGGAUUAUACAUAUUACUUUGUGCCAGCCCCUUGGUUAUCUGUUAAACUUUUGCGCCUACUCCAGAAUUACACACCACCUUCAGAAGAGCCUGGAGUUCGUGGACGUUUAUCUGAGUGCUUGGAAACCAUAUUUAAUAAAGCUCAAGAGCCACCUAAGUCAAAGAAAGUGCAACAUUCAAAUGCAAAGAAUGCUGUUCUCUUUGAAGCAAUAAGUCUUAUAAUUCACAAUGAUAGUGAACCUAAUUUACUAGUUAGGGCAUGCAAUCAGCUUGGACAAUUUUUAAGUAACAGAGAAACUAAUUUGAGAUACUUGGCACUUGAGUCAAUGUGCCACCUUGCAACAUCAGAAUUUUCCCAUGAAGCUGUUAAAAAACAUCAGGAAGUUGUAAUUUUAUCUAUGAAAAUGGAAAAGGAUGUGUCUGUUAGACAGCAAGCUGUAGAUUUACUAUAUGCCAUGUGUGAUAAAACAAAUGCUGAAGAAAUUGUCCAAGAAAUGUUGGCUUAUCUUGAAACAGCUGAUUAUUCAAUCAGAGAAGAAAUGGUCCUCAAAGUUGCCAUAUUAUCUGAAAAAUAUGCUACUGACUUCACUUGGUAUGUUGAUGUCAUAUUAAACCUUAUAAGAAUAGCUGGAGAUUAUGUUUCAGAGGAAGUGUGGUAUAGAGUUAUUCAAAUUGUCAUAAACAGAGAUGAAGUCCAAGGAUAUGCAGCAAAAACUGUUUUUGAAGCCCUUCAAGCUCCAACUUGUCAUGAAAAUAUGGUAAAAGUGGGUGGAUACAUACUGGGUGAAUUUGGAAACUUAAUUGCUGGUGAUACAAGAUCCUCACCACAAGUCCAAUUUGAACUACUACAUUCAAAGUAUCAUCUUUGUUCUGCAGCUACAAGAGCACUGUUAUUGUCAACUUACAUUAAACUGGUAAAUCUCUUCCCUGAAAUUAAAAACAGAGUGCAAGAAGUUUUCCGUGCUGACUCAAAUUUACGAUCUGCUGAUGUAGAAUUACAACAAAGGGCAUCAGAAUAUCUGCAAUUAAGUAUAGUUGCCAGUUCAGACGUAUUAGCAACAGUUUUGGAAGAAAUGCCUGCGUUCCCAGAACGGGAAUCAUCAAUUUUGGCUGUACUGAAAAAGAAGAAACCAGGUCGCAUACCUGAUGAUGUAAAGGAGUCUAAGAGUCCUCAACCCAGUAUCACACCAGCUCCAGUUAUUAAUAAUUCUAUAAACAGCAAUAAUUCCAGUGCUGAUCUUCUUGGUUUAUCAACUCCUCCUGGCACUAAUGCCACUACAGGAAAUGGUUUAUUAGAUGUUCUUGGAGACUUAUACUCUACACCCAAGAAAAGCCCAAUCACUGUACAACAAAAUAAUAUUAAGAAAUUUCUGUUUAAGAAUAAUGGAGUACUCUUUGAAAAUGAUCUCAUACAAAUUGGCGUUAAAAGUGAAUUCAGACAGAAUUUGGGAAGAAUCGGACUAUUUUAUGGUAAUAAGACACAAUCUGCUAUUCAAAAUGUCCAUCCUGAACUACAUUGGACUGAUUUGCACAAACUGAAUGUGCAGAUGAAACCUAUGGAACCUGUUCUGGAAGCAGGUGCUCAAAUUCAACAAAUGCUAACAGCUGAGUGCAUUGAAGACUUUGCUGAUGCACCAAGUAUGUCAGUAUCAUUCCUCUACAACAAUGUUCCACAGAAAAUCUCAAUGAAACUGCCCUUAACACUAAAUAAAUUCUUUGAACCAACUGAAAUGAACGGAGAAUCAUUUUUCGCUAGGUGGAAGAAUUUAGGUGGUGAACAACAAAGGGCGCAAAAAAUUUUCAAAGCUCAAGGCGCAAUAGAUAUCCCAGCCACCCGAACUAAACUGGCUGGUUUUGGUAUGCAAUUAUUAGAUGGUAUUGAUCCCAAUCCUGACAACUUUGUGUGUGCAGGAAUUGUACAUACAAGAGUUCAGCAGGUAGGAUGCUUAAUGAGAUUGGAACCUAACAAACAAGCUCAAAUGUUUAGACUCACUGUUAGAUCAAGUAAAGAAACGGUCUCACAGGAAAUAUGUAAUUUGCUAGCUGAUCAAUUCUAAUAAUAUUCAAUUUUGAAUAACUCGUGGCAACUCUGGUUAAAAAGUUUUUCAGUGUUUGUAUAUUGCUAAAAUUAUAGUAAUGUUAUAAAAGACCCACUUAUGAAAUUUACACUGACCGUAAUGAAAUCUAAUGUGUAGAAUGUUUAUCACAAGCAAUCUUGUAAACAUACAUUAAUAAUCGCUUAAAAAGAUUCAUUGAAAUGUUUAUCAACAUGUAAGGUAUAUAAAAGACGAAGUAAUAUAUUUUUUGUUAGGUUACUUUUAUAGUAAAAUGUUUUAUAAUUAUAUAAUUAAUUUUGCAAUGAAAUUCUAUAUUAUUUCAAUAAUUCAUUUCUAUAAAAAUAAUAAAGUGUCUGUUAUAGUAUUAUAACAUACGGCCAUAGUAAGUACAUUGUCUAAAUCAACUGGAGGAAUUAUUUUAAAAUGUUUAUUAAUAUUUAGUGUUGAUAAUGAAGUUCAAAAAUAGUGAUUUAUCAAAUACGAUAUAAAGUAUAAUUGUACCAAAAAUAUUUUAUGUGUAUAUAAGUUAUAUAGUUUUGUAUUGUUUUUUAAUACUUUGGUUACUGGGAGCAACUGUGUAGGUGCAUCAAAAUUUAUGUUUUAAUUGUAUCAUUUAAAUUAAAGUUGGCUCGUUGCUCUUUCAUCAAGUUAUGUCUAUCACCUUCGCAGCAAAUCAUUUUCUUUUAUCGUUAAUCAAUCACGAGAUAUUAUCAACCUGUUAUUAAUAUAUUUUGUAUUCAAUAUUACAAGUUGUUAUAAUACACUGAACAUAUACACACAUUUGUAAUGUUAUAAAAAAUUUGAAUCUAGUAAUGAAAUAGAUUUAGAAAUAUAUUUCUGAAACUUGUACGUUUAGACACAACUAGUGAGCUGUCUUUUGCAUCUUCUCAUGUUCCUUUAACAUAUGCUAAUAUAAAAUUAUCGUACGAUAAUUGUUAAUUUAUUAUUGGUACAUUAAUCUUUUUUUUUUUGUUUUGUUUUGUAAUAUCAAUUGUCUCAACUGCUGCAUGAUGCAGAUGACGUUGAAACAUGAAACUACGUAAAUCAUUAUACUCUUGUUUAUAAUAGUCUUAUUAUUUCCUGAUUACAAUGUGUAGCUCUUAUAAUAUUUAUGCUUUAGUUAAUGAGGCAUCAAAUGCAACAUAUGAAUUUUAUAUCUAUUUGAAGUUUCCAUACCUGUAUAAUAGCUAUUUAUUAAUGUCUGCCACAUGUACUUUUUGAUAUCGACGUAGAAGUUAUACCAACAAAAUGCCAUGUACCUUCCAUAGCACAUUUUUGAACUGAAAUCUAACUUGUUACAUGUACUCAUCAGUUUAUAGGAAUCUCACAAAAUUAGAUGUGUAAUUUUAUUUUAUGUUAAUAACAUAGUUAUAUUGAUCUAGUAUAGGCACAGUAGCAUUGUACGGAAUAUUUAAUGUUGUUAUUGAUAUGUAGCAUGCUGAAGCUUUUUGCAUGGUAGAUUUGUUUGAAAUAAAGAUAUAUAAUAAAUUAUAUUAUGAUAUGCUUCAAAUAUUUAUAUAUUUAAGAUAUUACAUGUAUAUUAUGAGUUACAUAAGAGUUGUUCAUCUUAUUGGAUAGUAUAAACACAUGGUAUUGUGUCAUUACAAUGUAUAAAUACAGCAUGAAAAUUGAGAGUGGUUCCAAUAAAUGUUUGCUCUUGCGCUUUGAAAAUAUAUUGUAUCUUAUUAAUUGUCUAAAUAAAUAUUUAACCAGUACACAUUU